CAGAAGGAUGAGACUUGCCCAAGGUCACACAAGAAGUCUGUGAUAGACUUGGGAGCCUUGGGAGCUGAGGUCUAAUGUGCUUGGUCUCAUUUCAGUGCCUUAGACCUUUUUUUUUUUUUCCCCCCUAAGUUUUACACUAGAGCAGACAUCUGAGAGCAUAUUCUAACUGUUAGAUAGCUGUUACUUUUUGAUAUUUUCACCCUUGGGAAAAACAAACAAACCAACAAAAACACAACCAACAAAAAUGCUCUUGCUCAAGCAUUGGCGAGAAGUGUUUCAGAGCACUGUUUGGUUUUUUUUUUUCCUGGAGACUUACUAGAAAUCGGUGUUGCAUUUCAACCGCUAAAGGAAUGUGCAAUCGUGGUGUGAGCUCAGGCACUGCAAGGGAGUGCUGCACGGCGCGCUGCCUGCAAGACCUUGUGAGCAGCUUUCUCCGGGGAGGAAAAAAACAAACAAGCCAGAGCCCUUGAAAUCGGAGCCGAGUUUAUCUGCUCCACCUCCUUUGUCCUUUACCGGCACCCGCUUUUGUCCCACCCAGGUAGCCGAACAACUAUGAUGUGGAUUAGAAAUACCAUACAGUGACCUCCAAAACGUGCGGUGGACUUUUUUUUUUUUUUCCCCGUGCAUUCUUAUUCCCGCCGCAUUAAAUUUUCCCAUUACAUAAAAUUAAGGAGGCUCAGUCUUCCGUGAUCUGCCUGACUGAGAUUUGUCAUUAGUUGCUGCUAUUUUCAUCUGCUCCAGGACUUGGAGAUGGCCAUAAAACAAUGGAAGCUAAUGAGUAAAACAGCUGCUGGAUCCAGCAAAGCAAUUUGUCGCUCCCUCUGACUUCUGUCGGCUUCUUAGCCGAGCCGGGCUCAGCGGGUCUUGCGCUGCUGUCUGUUCGGGAAGGUCAUCGCACAGAGCAGGACAGACAGAGGCGGCUCCCCGGGAUGGUGCGGUCAGCCAGAUGUUUGUCAUUGAAGUAAAGCUUAAAGGUGGUGGCAGAUACCUCAUUUUCCGGCGCUAUCGUGAGUUCUAUGCCCUGCACACCAAACUAGAGGAGAGAUAUGGGCCAGAGAGCAAUAACAGCCCAUUUACCUGCACACUCCCUGUACUGCCAGGAAAAGUUUUUGUUGGUGCCAAAAAGGAAAUUGCUGAGAACAGGAUUCCUAUCCUAAAUGUCUAUAUGAAGAACCUACUCUGCCUCCCUGCUUGGGUGUUGAUGGAUGAGGACGUACGGCUGUUCUUCUACCACUCAACCUUUGAUGGUGAGCAGGUGCCUCACAGACUGAGACGGCUUCGCCCACGGACACGUCGAGUUAAGAGCAUUUCAGAUCAAGUGCCUAUUUUUGACCGCACUGCAGCUCCGCGGGCUGAGGCACUGUUUGAUUUUCCUGGAACCAGUAAACUGGAACUCAGCUUCAAGAAAGGAGAUUUGAUCUAUCUACUCAGCAAAGUAAACAAAGACUGGUUGGAGGGAACUGCUGGUGGUGCCACUGGGAUUUUCCCAUGUGCUUUUGUGAAGAUCAUAAAAGAUUUACCCCAGCAGGAGGACACAGUUAAUAAAGUUCGCUGUUACUACUAUGAUGAGACCGUGAGCACUAUCAGAGAUAUCUCAGUGGAAGAGGAUCUAAGCAGCAUUCCAUCAUUCAAAGAUCUAAUGGAAUUGAUGAGGCAGGAGUUCAACCAAGAUGACAUUGUUUUGAAUUACCGGGACCCUGGUGGUGAUCUGAUCCGCUUGCUCUCUGACCAGGAUGUUGAACUCAUGGUGUCUCAGAGCAAAAGAAGUCCCUCUGAGAAGCACUUUUUCCCUUGGAAGUUGCACAUCACUCACAAAGAUGACUUGGGUGUCUACAACACUAGUCCAGGAACAGGUGCUACUCAAAUAGUAGGAGCAAUUUAAAUGCUAUAUAGAUAUCCCUCUCUGCAGGCAGUUUCCUUCAACAUGUCUUUGAAGUGUCUUUGAAAUGAGUAAUUUUUAGUGAUAUAUUGCCUUUCAGUGUAAAAUCUGUACUUAGUUAACUUCUUCAGCUUUUUAGCACUUAUCUGCAAUAGAGUCAUCUACAUACAGACCAGAGAAGGUAAGGAAUAGAGAAAUAAAAUCACUGGCGAUGUUCACAAAGCAAGUCAGUGUCAGCCUGCAACAGAGGUCUCCUGAGCCCCCAGACCUGCUGUAGCUAGUCUCUGUUCUCACUCCCAAGGCUAAUUAUUUGUCCAGAAUGUCUUUAUAAGCUUUUUUUUUUUUUCUAGACUCUCAUAAAUUUCUCUUCAUUUGCUGAUCUGAAGAUUUGUGUGCUAGUGUGUAAUUAUUUCUCUCAUGUUGGAGUCUGACUGGGCAUUCAGAGUUUGUUCCAGGAGCAUCAAGAAAGCAUUUUUGGAUUUCAGUGAAGAAAUCACGGCCCAUCUUAGCUUUCUUCUUUUCCACUGACCAGUAUAUUGAAUUCUGUGAAUCAAACAGAGUACACUUGUGGUGUUCCUUAUAGACCUUUAUAUAAUUGUACAAUCUACUUAUUUUCACGUUCUGGGAAAAUGUGUAGAAUAUCCACUCAAACAGCAAUUUCUUCUCUAUCUUCUGCUUCCUGACACUGCAUUUCAAAGUAGAACUAACAAGAAAUUACUGUAUCAGAUUAUUCAACAAAUAAAGUUAAAUAUUAG